AUGGUUACAAAUUUGAUGCUCCGGGUAACUUUAAAUAUAUUACGAGAGUAUGAGAUCGCCGGUAUAGAGAUAGAACUAGAACUAGAGCCAGCACCAGAGCCAUUUUUACGGAUUACGGGUCCAAGAAUCUUGGACAUCAAAUCCAAACAGCACUUCCUCGAUGAACCAUUCAUGUUCAAAGAAUAUGACGCUGAUGCUUUAAUUCUGACUAAUAACUCACUCACGAUCAAGACAUGA